AAUAAAAUCAAGGGUCAAACUGUAUAAAAUUCUACAAUGUCUCCAUAUUUAUUUAUCACUUUGUUGUUUCCAAUCUUAGUUUUUUUAAGUGGUGAAAAGAAUUAAAAUAAUUAAUUAUAAAUAAUUAAACAUGAAUAAAUCACCAUUCAGUACACCACGUGGUCGUGGACAAAAUGGACAUCAAAAACCAUACUACCGUAAGCAACGCGGCUACUGGGAUAAUAAAAAUUCAAACCAAGUGUCUCCGACGAAUAACAGUAGUCAAGAGGAGAAAAAUUUAAACACCAGUGGAUCCAGUGACGAUUAUAUUCCUUUUAAUAAUAGCUUACCUUCGCCGUUCAACAAGAGCUUGCCUUCACCCUCGCUGGCAUCUCCACCAGCAGUAUCAACAUCUUCGCCGUUUUUCCAUGUGCAGAAGCAGGGUGGUCAGUUUUAUGGCCAGCAUCAGCGGUACUCGCUUGGGAAUGAGAGUCCUAGUCAUAGUCCACGUGGUCGGAGGAGUUUUAAUCAAUCUUUUUCUCCGGGUUAUAAUAAUAAAUCUUUUUCACCUGGUUUUAAUAAUAGAACUCCUAGAGGAAGGCAUUCCAAUCAAUAUCAAGGAAACAAUCAGUACCAAGGAAGAAAUCAAUACCAAGGAAAAAAAGAGACUAGCAUCCAUAAUUAUAUAGAUCAAUCCUUUUUCGAAGAUCCUUGGGCCGAGCUCGUGACCGAGUUUGACAGUCUUAAUCAAAGCUCUAGUACUGACAAGUUCGAUGACAGUUUCAUGUCCCAGAGCCUCUUGGAAGACAGUAUGCUAAAAGACGAGGAAGAUGACAAGGAAAGCGGGUCCGAUUGCAAAGACGCGGAUUCGCAGGACGAAAUUUUUCCGAUGUCGCAAAAGGAUUCUGAUCCUGUUGAAGAAAAUUUUGGGAAAUGACAACUUUAAUUUAUAAUCUCUUCAAUAAGACUUUAAUAAGGCUGUGAUGAGAUUACGGUGUAUAUAUUGCCAAUACGUGCAAUUAUAUCCAAAUAUGUACAUAUAAGAUAAAGACGUUUAUCGAGAAUUAUAUCAGAAAUACAAAUAUUUUUUGUAGUGGAAAAUUGACUCUGGUAUUUUGGCAAUUUACUUUUUUUU